ACCAAGGUCAAAGCCCUCGCUAUGCCUACGAUGUCGCAUCGCUACGAAGUGCGCACUUUGAUGCCUCAUUUUCUGUUCAGCUCAAACCCUCUUGCCAUGGCCACUCAUUGUGGCUGCAACUGAUGGAGCUCUCGCCAAUGAAUCUGCGAGAAAGGACGAAAUGGCGGCCACCACAUCCACAGGCACCUCACUGACGGCAAAGCCAGACGAGCAAGUGUUCGACCCACCCGCGCCGAACUUGUACAAUUCGUGCAGGUGCUUGAGGAUGCUCUUGCAAGACAAGGCGCUGAUAGCCCCCAAGGAGCAUGGCAGCCUCGCUGGGAGCAGCCCCUCAAACAAGUCUGGUCUCGAAGGAGACGAUCGGAACGGUAUUCCUGCCUCACUACGAGUACCAGAUCGACUUUUUCGAGCUCAGUCCUAUGACGAUCUUGAACGGCAAGGCACCGCGGUCGUACCAGGCGCUCACAGAGGCUUCGGGCGACAGGACGUACCCGAAUACCAUGGAGCACGGGCUCGAGACGUUCAAGGCGCCACUGUCUAUCUUGUCCGUCGUGGCAGUAGCAGUCUCACAAAUGUGGUACAUCAGCCGAUCAUUGGAACGACGCUACCAGCCCGAUUUUCUGGAAGACCUCGACAUCAUGUCGUAUGUGAUCGACGUGCUGAAGACUCCUGAACAUCACGUCUUUCGGGAGCUUCAAGAGGCCUUCUGUCCUCGCGCCCUUGCCUUCACCAGGACCGACCUCGAAUCUCCUUAAAAUACGACAAUGGCCCACAACCAAUGCUACGAGGUUGACUACUCCAGGAGUCGCUCUUCCGAAGUUCUCAUCGAGCCCACCACACGACGAUCGAGAGAAAUUGGCAGGCGCUCUCUACAAUAGGAGAGCGACCAGACGUCUGAGUGCACGCGCCCCGGAGACGCCAGUACUCAAGGUGCGGACGAAAGCGACAGUAUCAGCGCUAUUCUCUGCCUGACCCAAUAGACAGGUCGGAC